AUGUUGAUCCAUGCCAUCAAUACCCAACAUUCUCCAGAAAUCGAUUUACCUCCACUACCGCGUAUACCGCUUAAUGUCACCAAAGUCGGUCUUCCAAAGGUAAGUGAUUCGGUAACAAUUCAUGGUAAGUUUGUCGACGGCUAUAUCCCAGUUGGCUGUUACUGUACAGAAGAGCAAUGCAGUUCGAACGUUAAACCAAUGAAGGACGGAGCAGUGACCGGAAUCAUGCAACCGGAUGGAAACAUGGUGAGAACAAAAACAACUGUUAAGGCAAAAAAAAAUGAUCUUCUGUUUUUUCUCAUGCUAAAUACUUCUUCGUCUGAUUUCUUACACGAUACAUUUCCAACGCGAUCUUCCUACUGGCAAUUAAUUUCUACACAGUCGAUAAUCCAACCAGGUUCAUCGCAUCGAACAGGAUACACGGUGACACGUGGAAUAUCAAAGAGCAAUAUUGAUGUUUUCGGACUAAAUAUCGGAGCAACCAUUCCAGUUAAGUUUAUUUUGGGUCUUCAAAUAUCCUUCAAAAAAAGCUUUGAAACUGAAGUUCAAUUUUCUGAGGAAACCAGUGUGAAUGAAAUCUAUGAAUUUCCAUCUAAAAAUGUCGAACAAGUGGUUGGCAUCUAUCAAUUAAUGGAACGUUACGCUAUUCAUGCAGGACAAUUUUUAAUAAAUUUUAUUGAUGAACAAAAUAGUAACUCGGCUAAACGCUGUAUCAAAUGGCUAGUUUUCAGUUCAAAAUGUGGCUGCACGUACCGUAUUCCCGAUCCAAAAAUCUAUUUAAGCGGCACGAUCAAACCAAUAAGCGGUGAUGACUCUCAUCCAACUUUUAACGAACAAACACCCACCGGCAAAGCCGGAGAGACAACUCGUACUAAAAAUAAAAAAUCAAGAUCAUAUAUUUACCUUAUAGUAGUUAUUCUGAGCAUUGCUACUGUGGUAGCCAUCGCUGCUACGUUAAUUAUUGUUAUACAUUUACGCCGUCGACGUGAUCGAUCGUUAACAUAUCAUGGAGUUGGAUAUGCUGCCAGCUAUAACAAUGUUGUGUUUUAG